AACAGGAGAAAUGCUCUGUCACCUCGUCUGACAUCAUGCAAUGCAGAUCCCACAUGUAGCAAUCACAGAUCAGCAGGGGAUACAUCUCAAAUUCUGCACUGUAGAUCAUGGUGGGGUCUUGUUUGAAGUUGGGGGAGACUUCCUGGGGGGAGUGUCCUUUUGGCAAGGAUCACCCUCUCAGAAACAUUGCUUGCAGAAUAAUACAAACGCAGAAUAGCACUGGGAAGGAGUUGAAUUCACCUCUGACCAUGGCCAAGAAUUUACUCAACAGUAACUUUGUACUGUUCCUGCUUUCUGGCAUUAUGGUUGCAGCUGCAGGCAAGAAAGUGGAGAAGAAUGGAGGAGACACUGAUAAGAAAAUAAUACUGGCCAGAUGCACCUCACGAUGCCUGACACUGCAUGCCACACAGAUGUCUGCCACCUUCACCAGCCUACAGAAUGAUGACAUCUUGACAUGGUGUGGGAAUAAGCGGCGGUGCUCACAAUGUAUGCAACCAUGUAUGAGUGAGUGGGAUGUUAUGUCAAAACAAUGCCUUAGGAAAUGUGAGAGCAGACAUGAGUGCAUAGCCAGCUGUGAGUUUCUGAAAUCUCUGCAAGCCAUGAAGCAGGGUCACUGUCCACCACCACAUAGAGCAUCUGGGUUUGCAGCUGCCUGUGUACUGAGCUGCAGUGGAGACACAGACUGUCCUGGUUCCAAGAAGUGUUGUGCCAAUGGAUGUGGGGUCACCUGCCAGGUUCCAGUCAAUACGUAUAAAGGUGUCCCCUGGAAACCUCAUUCUGAAUUCAUAAUUAACGAGUACUUAAACAGGACUAUGAAGAUUACUUGGAAAUCUAGAUUCAACAUAUCUGUAGAGCCCGUAUUAUAUGUCCUGCAAAAACGAUGGAAUUAUGGCAUCCAGCCUAGUGAAGAUCAGUCCACAAACUGGCAGACGAUAACUGUGACAGUAGCUUCCCAUUUUCUUACGAGAGACAUAAGGCCAGGCAGAUGGUACCAAUUCCGGGUGGCUGCAGUCAAUAUGCAAGGAACACAAGGUUUUACCAUACCAAGGCUUGAGAAUACUACAAUCUAUAUCAUAAACUGGAUGUUUCGGUCCAACAGGAGCUUCCUCAACGAUCCAUUGCCACCAACUGCUCCCACUAGUCUUAGAAAACAUAACCUAACGGUUGCCCUUGAUGGCACUGUCAGAGUGAACAUUACCUGGGCUGUGCCACCAGAACAUGACCUAAAAAUUCAUCAUUACAGAAUAUGCUGGAGCAUUAAGAAACCUGAACAGGUGCUUUCAAAGAGGAAGGCAGAGAGUUGGGUUUUAACAGAUGGGGCAAAAACUGUAUUUACACUACAAGGCUUGCUACCUGACAUUGAGUAUCUUAUGAAAAUUCAAGCUGUAUCCUAUUGGGGACAGAAAAGAUUGAAGAGCCCAAAGGCACAGUUCAUAUUCAGUACUGGAGAGCAAGAUUUAAGACCAGGGAGCAUGAAUCCUACUUUGAAUCCAUGUGACAACCAAGACAAAUCUUACAAAAGUUGUAAACAUGAUUUACAAGCAUUUACUUUUUACCACAAUAGUCAGAUUAAAAUACAAUUAUUCUGGAAGCAAAUGUCAGGUAAGAUCUAUUGCACCACUUUGUAG